AUGCUAGUGAACAGUGCAAGUUCAAAGAAAGGAGAGAUCAGAGUCAUGAUCGAGUUGAAUUUUCGCUCUGAAUUCGAAAUUUCAAGAGCAAGCGAAGAAUACAAGCUACUGAUCAAAAAGCUCCCAGAAGUAUUUGUUGGAAAAGUGGAAAGGCUACAAAAUCUGAUCAAGAUCUUGUGCUCUGCUGCCAAGAAGUGCAUGAAAGAGAACAAAAUGCACAUGGCUCCUUGGAGGAAGCACAAGUACAUGCAAACCAAGUGGUUGAGCGCCUCCUGCGAAAGGACGGCGGCUCAGCCUCUAGUGGCAGCGGCCGGAUUUCCUGGCCGAACAACCGCCGCCGCCAGGCCGAGGGUGUCGAUGCUGACCGUAGAUUUGAUGGAUAAUAUGCCCAACAUGAUUAGGACUGUAGUUGAAGUUGUGUGA